AUGCUCAACACGCUUCCCAAGCCCACGCGCGACCUACUUGAACUCGCAAGAGAAGAAAAGAGCUUUACGUUUAAUCACUUCACGUGUGAACAUGCCUGGGUGAUAGGAAACAUACUACGAAAUUCGCUCCGAACCGCUGAAUGCCCCGCCCUCAUCCACAUAUCGAUAGCGAAUCAGACCCUCUUCCACUCCCCGAGCCUGCCUGGCAUGAUGCCCGAUCACGAGAAGUGGGCGGAGAGAAAGCGGAAUACCGUGCUGAGAUGGGGCCACUCGACGUGGUUCGUGAGCUGUCAGUUUGAUGGCGACUUCAAGAAGUUCACAGACCAUCAUGCCAUGAGUGGAGAUGAACGGUCAAUGUAUACACUUGAAGGAGGCGGAUAUCCUGUGUUUGUGAAGGGCGUCGAGGGUGUCGUCGGCACAAUUGUUAUAGUAGGCUUGGGUAUGGAUAGCCAACAGUCACAUGGGGUUGUUAUCAAGGCGGUCGAAGAGUACAAGGAUCUGAGGGAGGGCUUCAGAAGCCCAAUGAGAAGUACAACGAUUAAAUGA